AUGGCAGCCAACACCGCCGAGGCCUCGAGCGCCACUUCGUCGCUGCUGUCCUCCCAAUCUCCCAGCGACGGCUACAAGUCCAUCAACAGUAGCAGUGAACAUGUAGAGGCGGCCGAUCCGGAGGUCAAGCACUCGCCAGCCGAUAUUGAAUCCGAUGUCCUCCCAGAGACGAGUACAUUGGGUCGCAACCUCAACUGGAGAAGUGCCUAUAUCCUCACCAUCUCGAGAGUACUCGGUUCCGGUAUCUUCGCUACGCCUGGAGUAAUACUGGCAUCGGUUGGCUCUCCAGGCUUAUCUCUGGCCCUCUGGGUAGUCGGUGCUACCUUGGCUUACUUUGGCCUCAUGAUCUCACUCGAGUAUGGCUGUAUGCUGCCACGCUCAGGCGGAGAAAAGGUCUACCUCGAGUUCACCUUCCGCAGGCCAAAGUAUCUGGCGAGCAUCCUCGUUGCUACCCAAGCCAUUCUGCUGGGGCUCACGGCUAGCAACUGUGUCAUCUUUGCCCAAUACACCCUUUUUGCUCUCGACAUCCAAGGCACCGAGUUCUUGCGGAAAGUUCUGGCAGUCGGAGUUCUGACGUGGAUCACUUUUGUUCAUGCGUGUUUCAUGAAGACUGGCAUACGGAUACAAAACUUUCUUGGCUGGAUCAAGAUUGGAAUCGUGCUGUUCAUGAUCCUCAGCGGGCUGUUCGUCGUGCUCUUCAGACCGGAGCAACAGACCGCGCUGAGGACGUCCGCCACACUAGGACCUCAGGCCAUGGACUGGACUUGGACGGGAUUAUGGGCGGGCUCUAUCUGGUCUUGGGGCGCCAUCGCGACGUCGAUCAUCAAGGUCUUCUACUCUUUCGCGGGACUGAGCAACGCAAACAACGUCCUGAACGAGGUGAAAGACCCAGUGCGCACGCUGAAGUCUGUCUCACGGACAGCUCUGGCAACCGUCUGCGGGAUGUACGCCUUGAUCAAUGUGGCUUACUUUAUGGUUGUGCCUCUGGACGAGAUCCGCACGAGCGGCGAGCUCAUCGCCGGACUGUUCUUCGAACGGGUGUUCGGCGAGACAUUCGGACGUCGCGUGCUUCCUCUUCUGGUCGCACUGUCCGGUGUUGGCAAUGUGAUGGUCGUCACGUUUGCGCUCGCACGACUCAACCAAGAGAUUGCGCGGACUGGCCUGAUUCCAUUCUCACGCAUCCUCUCAUCGACAGCACCAUUUGGAUCACCUUUCGGCGGCCUCAUCGUCCAUUAUAUCCCGUCCGCAUUAGUACUUACGAUCCCUAGCGGCGAUAUAUAUUCCUUCAUUUUGGAGGUAGAAGGCUAUCUCGGGCAGAUCAUCGCCUUCGCUGUUGCGUUUGGUCUUGUCUGGCUUCGAUUCAAACAACCUGAUCUUCAGAGACCUUACAAAGCAUGGCUACCUGGUGUCUUUGUACGUCUGGUCAUUGCCUUUGCGCUUAUGCUAGCUCCUUUCUUUCCAAGCGAAGCCCAGAGAAAGAAAGGAUUGGUGGGGGGAGCUGCGUAUGCUCUUGUCGGAAUAGCUGUGUAAGCGAAACCGCGUUCUGACGAUGAGGCCGCCUUAGACUGACGCAUAUACAGACUUCUAUUCGGAGUGCUCUACUGGUUCGUGUAUGCCAAGCUGUUGCCUCGCUGGCGUGGCUACAGACUUGAGGACCAGACGGAGCUCUUGGAAGAUGGUACACCCAUUCGAAAAGUCGUGCACGUGGCUUUAUGAAGUCUCUGAGGGAAUCUUGACGAUGUAUGCUCAUUCAGGGAGUUCUGUCUGACGUUAGAUAUGCUACAGCACGACAAACGGCACAAUGCAAAGCCUCGUACAACAGACACGCUGGUGCCUAGAUGGGAUUUCUAAGCAACAGCUACAGCAUACGUCCUCAUCCAAACACAGCCCUUGUUACAUUUGCGCCAUCCUUGCACAUUGUACUUGUGCGACAUCAGAUCACUGCGGGCUUAAUAAUCUGACUGUGAGACCAGGUCCGGAACGGAUCUUACCCCAGCUCGCGAUUGGCUUACCUCAAUCGAGACCACAUGAAACUAUUGCUCGAUAGCAUGGCGUGCUUGCGGGGAGCUCUUCUGCAUUACAUAUCACGACAACGCCUGAUCCUUCACUCUGAUCAUGGGGGCAUAUAAAAAGGCGCCCAAUCAACGAAAGUCGAGAGCCAAAGACAUCUACUGGAACCAGACAUUCCCAAACAUUCAUCGUUGACCAUGGCCACAGCUACCGUUCAGUUGCCUUCGAGCAUUCACAGUCUGGGACAACAACAUCGACCAACCUCGCCUGCCCCUACCACUGCCUCGCAAGCCCCAAAGGCCGAGCCACACGAUGUCGAGACCGAGCUGAACUUCUUCAAAGACAACGAAGAUGGUUCGCCGCCUCGACCUACGUACGUAGGCCAACCGGAGACAUACCAGAGACCGCUUGCGACACACAGAGUCACGGUCAAAGAUAUUGCUGGCAAUGAAGACAAGUAUACACUUGACAGCCACGGCUUUCAGAUUCAUCGCCACGUCAGCACCGAGAAAGACUUUCUAGAUGACGAGAGGAUUAAGGAUGCCUACUACAAGGAAGUUGAUCAGUUGCUGAAGGACGUGUAAGCGCUCUCACCAAGCAGACCUUCCUCAUCAAACAUGCUUUAAUACUCAUCCGAUAGUACCGGAGCAACCCGCACUUUCAUCUUCGACCACACGAUCCGCCGUCCCAACCCAGACCACGACGCACCCACAACCGCCAUCCGCGGCCCCGUCAAACAAGUCCACAUCGACCAAUCCUCCGCCGCCUCCCUCUCCCGCGUCCCCUACCAUCUCCCGGAAGAAUCCCCCCACCUCCUCCAAGGCCGCGUCCAGAUCAUCAACGUCUGGCGACCCAUCAAGCCCAUCCGCCGGGAUCCCCUCGCCGUCGCCGCCGCCCAGAGCGUCUCCGACGCCGACCUCGUGCCCCUCGCUCUCAUCUACGAGAAGCGCCAGGGCGAGACGCUCGGGGUGCGGUAUGCCGCGGACCAGGAAUGGUUCUACAAGUACGCGCAAGGGCCCGAGGAGGUGCUGUUGAUUAAGUGUUUCGAUAACCGCGCGGACGGUUUGAGUCGGGCGAAGAGGGUGCCGCAUUCUGCGUUUGAGAUUCCCGGGACGGAGCACGAGGAGGGGAGGGAGAGUAUUGAGGUUAGGUGUUUGGUUUUUCAUGAGGGUGAUGUUUUGGGGGAGUAG